AUGGACUCCCUCGACUCCCUCCGCCACCUGGUGCAAACCCACCCGCUCAUCGACAAUCAUGCGCACAACCUGUUAAGCCGCGACGUCGCCGCGGACUACGAUAGCUACCCGCUUGAGUCGAUCACCUCCGAGGCCCACGGUCGCGCCUUGGAGAAUGCCCAGACUACGCUGCCAUUAUUGCGCGCCGUCAACCAGCUCGGCGAGCUGUAUGGCACUCCGUGCGCUAACUGGGAUGACGUGCUUGCGGCACAUACGCGCUGGGUGCAGCAGGACUACGACGGGCUGAUCCGCCGCAGCCUGGUAGGCACGCACACCCUGCUCUUAGACGAUCUACUAUCCGACGAGGAUGUCGAAUCGUACGACUGGCACGACCGUUUCACAGCUUCGGCGACAAAGCGCAUCGUGCGCAUCGAGGCUGUGGCUGCCUCCUUACUGCGUGACAUCAUGAGCGUAGAGCGCACACCCGGCGAGAGCGUGUGGAGCACGUUCCGCACUCAGUUUCUCAAUGCACUGGACCACGCCAUGGAUGACCCAGUCGUCGUUGGAUUCAAGUCCGUGAUUUGCUACCGCACAGGGCUGGACGUGGAUCCCCACUCGCCGGACGAGGAAUUGUUGACAGCCUCGCUCCACCGCAUCCUAGAUCUGGGGACGAGGAAAUCCGGAUAUCGCGUCGAGGAAAAGCCGCUGAAUGACUGGCUCGUCCAGCAGACUCUGAAGCUGAUUACAUUCCGGAAGAGAGCUGGUGUGGUCAAGCCGCUCCAAUUUCAUACUGGAUUGGGCGAUAAUGAUAUCAAUCUUGUCAAGGCCAACCCUGCUUGCCUGCAGCCUCUCAUCAUGCAGUACCCCGAUGCGCCCAUCGUGCUGUUGCACUCGGCCUAUCCGUAUACGAGAGCAGCGGGGUACCUUGCCUGUGUGUAUCCUAAUGUCUAUCUUGAUCUUGGUGAGGUGUUCCCUAUGGUCAGCCGUGAGGCUGAGGAAACUGUUUUGCGCGAGAGCUUGGAAAUCACCCCGACCAAUCGUCUUCUUUGGAGUACGGAUGGCCACUUCUUCCCGGAAACAUUUUGGUUAGCCAAUAAGCAGUUCCGGCAGGCCCUAGAGACUGUAAGUCCCUACAGAUAG